CAGAGGGAUGAAAUAAAGAAUAGGAUUUUGUCUAGACUCAACUCUGGUGUUGGCCCGAGUCCUCGAUGACAAAGUGCCUUGCGUCAAUAGUGAGAGUCUACGAUGUCGCCAUGUGUGUGUGAAUAAAUGUGCGAGGGUCGUGCAGAGAGAGGGCCCUCGAAUUAGACAAAGGGCUCCCAGUGUUUGCAUCCCUGAAAGACAUAUUAUUCAGCCAUUUAUAUUUUCUUUUAAUGCUGUGUCACUCUUCGCUUUGGUACCCAUUAACAUCUAUACAAGGUUAAGUGUUGAGUGUCCAUAGGCUGCUGAUGGAGACAAUAGGCUGAACUUUACAUGUGAUCUUGUUGGGGGCGGGGGGUUAAGUUAGAGCUUCAUGAGUCACGUGGACAAAAGCGGUUCGGACUUCUCGCAAGCGCCUGAACAUUUCGUACGGUAUCGAUUUAAACUGGUAGCUACUCUUAGUGUCUUCUUCGCCAGAGCUACGCACGCUCUUUAAGGAUGCCUCGUUAAUUAUGGGAAACGCUCAAAGCACAAAGAGAAAACACACGUCAGCUCAUCCAAGCACUGCACAGAGGGAAGCUAAUUCCUGCACAAGCAUGGCAGACCAGAAAGACAGACUAGAUGACUUUAAGGUCCAGACAGCCAAGAAUACCAACUUCAGCUCGGCCCAAUUGAGGCCACAUAGUGAACACUCAAGAGACCGUACCUCCAAAAGGCUCUCUACUGACUCAAAUGGGACCAGCGAAGGAGGUGUGGGCUCAUCCACACCGGUGGAGUUGACAGCUCUAGAGGAAUCGUUUCGGCGAUUCGCCAUUCAUGGCGACACGCGCGCUACCGGCAAAGACAUGCACGGGAAGAAUUGGUCCAAGCUCUGCAAGGACUGCGGCGUGAUCGACGGCAAGACCGUCACCCUCACCGAUGUCGACAUUGUCUUCUCCAAAGUCAAGAAGAAAUCCUGUCGCACCAUCACAUAUGACGAGUUCAAGAUUGCUCUAGGAGAGCUUGCCAGGAAGAAGUACAAAGAGAAGACUGGCGAGGAGGCCGAGGCUGAAGUAUACAAGCUGAUUGAGGGGAAGACGCCCGUGAUCGCCGGGGUCACGAGAGCCGUCGCUUCCCCGACCGUCAACCGACUGACAGACACAACCAAGUUCACCGGGUCGCACAAGGAGCGCUUUGACAACACGGGACGCGGGAAGGGUAAGGCGGGACGAGUAGACCUGGUCGACACUUCGGGAUACGUCUCAGGAUACAAGCAUCAAGGGUCCUACGAAAAGAAGGUCACCAAACCCCCCAUGGCCAAACCCAUGUGAGCGGUGCAGAGAAAACAUGGGUCGACAGCUUGGAUCACUUUCUUUGAAAAGAGUACUUAAAACAAACAAACAAACAAAACAAAACA